UCGUCCCUGCAGAUGGCGCGAUGGUUGAGAAACUUUCGAAUUUGAGAGACCUGCAAGUUCUGCAAUUGGAAGUGGUGAUCUUCAACCUGCCAGACUUGGUGCGGCUGAGUCAAAGACUGAAACGUCUUCGUUUGAUCAGCACAAACCUUACGGAAAUAAUAGCCAUGCCAGCUGUCGAAGACUUGAAAGAGAGUUUCGAGGGGCUAAAAGUGUUUCUUUUCUGGACGCAAGCGAAUCAGGCAAAUCGUCGUGCAUUUACAAGAUUUUGCAUCGAGAAUAUACCGACCUUGCAAGUUGUUGGUGAUUUUGCCAAUGAAUUUUGCACCGUAAAUGAUUUCUACCUGAACGCUGAGACUCUUAUUUGGCCUGGAUCUUCAGACUUACGGCAUUUCACCCUGGAUCUCAAUUAUGAAAUUAUACCUACCGACCUUCACACUAGGUUCAAAAAAAUAAAUCACCUCAAGAUUAUUUGGACCAAUCAGGAAAAUUCUGAUGAUAAGAAACCAUUUCGCAAUGAGGAAUUGUUGAAGAAAUUCAAAAAAAUCACAAGUCUAGAUUUGCUCGGCGUUCCAUACUCUACAAUUUUAUCUCGCUUUUUAAAUAAAAAUAGCUAUGGAUCAACUCUGCUCGCUCUACACGUCACCGAAGUUGGGAAUCACCAUGUAGGGCUGACCUACAAUCAAGUUUUCAAAGACUGUACGAAGCUGGAAAAACUUUUCCUGGACGUUGACGACUCGGCUCAGCGAAUCACCGAAAAAUUCCCCCCACUCAAGGAACUCAAGCUGAAUUUACAGCGCUUUAAAAGAAACUCCCGUACUCUUUGGGAUGUCCUAAAAGCACCGAAACUGGAAAAAAUUGAAUUGAUGGGAGAAUUAACAUACCCGGAGGAUUUGGAUAAGUUGCAGCCAUUGUUGGCACGUCAUCCUAGAAGCCUGCGCAAGCUCAAGACUCUCAUUGUCAAUUUAGGAUGGACGGACGACACUGAUAGAAUUGAAGAGAAGAAGGUCUCCUUCGAAAAAACUUCCCGUUUUCUCAAGGUCGCAAUGGAAGAACUGAAAGGAACCUUGACCGGAGUAAAAUUCUCUCUUAAUGACUCAUGCGAGUUCUUGCAACUAUUUAAUUGUAUAGAAAAUGCAGCCACAAUAAUGGAAAUAGUAACCUCGCUGGGCCCCUCAUUCCAAAAUGUUAAUUCGGGUGAUUUCUAUUGGCUUUACGAUGAAGAACUCAUCGACUACCUUAUAAGUUUCCGCAUCAUACAUUUUACAACUUAAAAGCUUGUUUUUGCAGCUUUAUAUUCGUGACAUUUACACGCGAAUAGAACACACAAUU